AUGGCAGUAGACGCCGAAAAGGGCGAGCAGCGCCAGCUGCUGCAGAAGAAUGCUGAUGAGAUUCGAAGCUGGCCACUGGUUCAGCCCAGUCCUGGUUACAACAACAAGUACUUCUGUUGCCCUGGUGCAUUGUGCUAUCCGUGUGCUGCCAUUGUUUUGUUCGCCGUUGCCGUCCUCGCCUUUACAUUCCUCAGCGUGGGCUUCUUUCUGGCAGCUUUGGUGUGCCUCAUUCCAAUGUCAUGUUUCAUCAUGUACACGUGCAUGUGGCAGCUCUACCCUGCGUAUUGGACCUGGGACCUCUAUGUCCAUAUGAUAUACUUGUCGCACAUUGUCAUCCACUGGAACGCGCCUACCCCCGAAGCAAGCGAUAAGUUCAUGCCGUUGGAUUUGAUGAGGCCAAAGGAGCCAUUGAAGAAGGUAUACUUGGACUACACCCUGAACCUCCAAGUUCCUUUGGGUGAUACGGAUCAAUUUCUGCGUCCGUAUAUAAGACCGACGUGGACCCAAAAUUUCAUCGAGCAUAACAUGUUCUGGUGGCCAGCAUUCGACCGUAUGAGUGAGUUUGCUCCAGAGGAGAAUUGCGUGGAGUAUGUCAUGAAGCAGCUUCAGGCAGUCUAUCCACCAGUCUACCAGGAAUGGGCGGAUAAGCACAGCGACCGAGCACUGGCAAGAUUCUGCCUGUACGGGCUAGGAGCUCAUCGGAUUGAAACGGAGGUCGUUGAUGGCAGAAACCUGUUCGUUGUCAGGACCAAUGCGUUGUCAGGCCUCCCAGUCCGAGAAGGUUUUGAAAGGUAUGGAGGCGAUGCCUAUUUUGAUGAGUCGUGGAAGCCUGUCAUGAUUGUGGACUAUGGCAUGGGUCCUAUGAGAGAGGAUGAUGACGCCACCAAGAUGGUCACCAAGCCAGGAGAGCAAAACUGGGCUCGUGCCAAAUUUCGAUUCAGGUCAUCGCUUUUUGUGCUGGUUACGCUGGUGGACCACCUUUACCAUGUCCACCUCCAAACUACCAAUUUGUUCGUCACAGCUUUACGAGAACAGAUGUCGCCGGAGCACCCGGUUAGAAGGUUCUUGACCCCUUUCACGUACCAGACAAUUUCCAUCAAUGACAAUGCCAAGUUCAAUCUUGUAGCACCAAGAUCCAUGGGACCACGCUGCUUUGCUCUGACAGAGAGAGGCUUGGAGCUCGCUUUUGCAGCAGCCCCCGAUUUGGUCGUCCCAUCCACGAAGGACAUCUUCGACUUGCGAGCAUACAUCCUGAAAUUGAAGGAAAGUGGUGUGGACACAGUGUACUGGCGACAGGCCUUGGAGCUGUACGAUAUCAUGGAGCGAUUUGUGGUUAGCUACUUGUGGUGCUACUAUGCCACGAAACAGGAUUUGGCUGACGACCCGGAGCUGCGCAUGUUCGCCCGGCAUUUCUUCCACUGCAUGGAGGUCAUUGAUGCCGGCUCUUCACGGAGGGUUGGAGCACCACGGAUCGCUUGUGUAGCACGUGCUGCUUCGGCAGAGGAUACUUGGGAUUUCUACGUCAAGUGGAUGGCUGGCGUCAUGUGGCUCGCGACUGCAGGUCACGAACAGAUGGGGGCUGUUGAGGUGUAUGCCCAGGAUGCAUCUUGGACCUCGUUCAAGUGGUCGCCAGGGGCACUGAGGGGGACGAAGCAAACGGCGACUUUGCAGGCUCUGCUCAUGUCCUUCACGUCGACACCCAUGCCGAAGCUUCUGGGCGAGGACUGGUCCCAUUUGUUUCCGCCGGCUUCCAUAGCUUCAGAUGGGAAUGCGAAGGAGUGCUUCAAAAAGUUUCAGAGUGAUUUGGAGACCAUGGCGGCCAAAUGCGAUGCCUACAAUGCAGUGUCCACGGACUUUCAUCCGGCCAACUGGAUAGAUAUGGUCAAGACAAUUCUUGAGUUGAGUGGCGCAGACAAAAGCCUGGCAGAGGCAGAAUCGUGCCCCGGACCUGUUCCGGUGCUCCACUGUAGCUUGAUGCUCGAGUCGCAACUCUUCAGAAAACUCCUGGCCAUGGCAACCAUGCGACGUUGGUUCUGCAAGUCCUGGAUUGUCUGGACAGCUCUCAUACUCGCCUGCGAAGCUGCAUUGCGGAAGCCCAGUGUCGCGGGCAAGAGCAUCUACUUCAUUGUGACGGAUCGCUUUGCCAGGAGUGGGCCAGACAAGGACAACUACGAGUUCUGCGACCUCGCCACACUGCCCAAUCCGCUUGCUCCGAAUGGUGGCGCAUGGUGCAAUGGGACUCUGCAAGGUAUCAUCGACCGUCUGGACUACAUCGAAGGGAUGGGGUUCGACUGCAUCUGGAUCACCCCGGUUGUCAAGUCUUUAGACUACACGGGUUACUAUGCCCAAGAUUUUUUCGAUGUUGAUCCGCACAUUGGGACCAAACAGACCCUCCGUGCCUUGUCCAGCGAGCUCCACAAGCGAAACAUGUGUCUUGUGGUGGACAUCGUCGCCAACCAUGUUCAACCGUUGGUGGCGAAGUCCGACAACUCUCCCGAUGCUAUAAAGACAUACCUGGGUGUAGAAGGCAUCAACCCCUUCAACAAGGAGGAAUACUAUCACACGUACGGCAAGUCGCCGUUAACUCCGUUCCGAGAUUAUGUUCUUGGAGGACCUGCGCAGGCUUCCGAUAGUCAAGGCAGCGAUAAAGUUCUGAAAGACAGAGUGAAGAAAGGUUUGACGCGGUGUGGCCCGCGCAACAUGAACUUGACGGAGUGCAACUGUUUUCCGGGCAACAGCGGGCCAGAUUGUCCAGGCGAUAAUCCCGAAUUACAAGUCCAAGGAUGGUUCGGAAUUCUUCCUGAUCUCAACCAGGACAAUCCUUUCGUCCGUCAAAAGCUGUUGGAGUACGUGCAGUACCUCGUAAGGGAGUAUGACGUUGAUGCAUUUCGCCUUGACACUGCGAUCUAUAUGCCCAAGGACUUCUUGAAGGAGCUGCAAGAUGCUGCUGGGGUUGAUAUCUACGGUGAGACGACAGUGAACAACAUCAGUUACCAUGCAGGCUUCCAGGACGUAUUGACAGGGCUGCUGAAUUUCCCGGCGUUCUACCAGGUACAUGCGAGUUUCUGCCAGUACCACUUGGGAGGAGAUUUGGGAAACUACCACCUGCAAGGAGCCUUCACGCCUGAGCUUCCAGACUUGAGGAAAUUGUAUGACAUCUUGGAACAUCAAUCGAAGCCGGGCCUCUACAAGGACCUGGACUUGCUCGGAAACUUUGCCGACAAUCACGAUGAGUUUGCGCGAGUCACGUACUACUGUGAUCAUGAUUCUUUUCGGAUCAGGAAUAUACUGGCGUACGUGUUCUUGGCACGCGGCACACCCAUUAUCUAUUAUGGCACUGAGCAGAGCUUAACCGGACACCAGGCCAAUGUCCUGGAGAGAGUUGCCCUGGAAAAGGAUGGGCAAAUGAACAAGGGCCAGGCGUAUGUCCGAGAAUCAAUGUGGCAAACUCGGUACAACACCUCAACUUGGCAAUACGCGUACAUCAAGCAGCUGAAUGAUUUGCGCAAGAAAUUUGGCUUCUCCGAUGGGGAACAGGAGUUGGUCAGCGUCUGGUACAACCACCUGAUCUUGAAGCGGUGGCCCACCAAUGGAGGCGAGCAUCCAGUAUGGAUUUUCUUGAAUAACAAUCAGAACUGGACGGCAGAUUCACCGGUUCUAUAUUGUCCGGCACCGUGGGAAGAGGAAUCCUGGUAUGAUGCCUUCUCUGGCCUUCGCGCGUUCCUUCGUGAAGGCUGCUACAUGGCAGAAGACAGCAGACCCAAGCUGCUUGUUCGAGGAGAAAGAGGUCCUUUUGUGAAGGGUGUGGAGACGCUGAGCGAGCCCAAGCACGUCUGGAUGCUGUGGAUAGUCAUCCUCUUGCUGUGCCUGACCAACGGGUUCCUGUUUUGGAGAUGCAGGCGCAAUGCCAAGGUUCGGAAUGGCGACGAUUACGAGAGCUACGACGAGUCUGAUGAAGAGAAUCUCUGCUGGAAGGACAUUCCCAAUCGGCUAAAGUCCAAGUUCUUCCUCUUCAACAUGGUCUUGCCAUCCACCGUGAGUGCCGACAACAUCUACGGAAGCAUCCUUCGUGCACGCUUCAAUGUGAAGCAAGGCACCAGCGCAGGCAUUUUGUCGCUGACCCGCAACGUCACGGCUGCAACCAUUUCUGUGUGGACCAAGGUCCAAAAAGUUCUUUUGCCAACACCUUCCAGGUUCCACUACAUCUUCAACCUGCGAGAGCUCAGUCGCGUGUUCCAGGGCAUCUUGGAGACCCCGCAGACCGUGAUCGUGGACGAGGAGAAGUUUGUGUCUCUGUGGAGGCACGAGUGCACCCGCGUUUUUGCGGACAAGCUUUCUCGCGAGAAGGAUAAGGCGCAGGUUGACAAGAUAGUCCACGAGUUUGCCGCUGAGCACUUUGGAGAGUCUCUGGCCAGCAGCACUGCCCCGACCCAGUGGUGGUGUGACUUCCAACGAGACAAGCCACCUGCUACUGAAGACGACGAGGAUCCUGUCGCGCCGAAAGUGUAUGAGCCUGUUCAGUCCUUCUCGCACGUGUCCAGAAAAGCUUACGAAUAUCUGGCGAGGUUCAACGAGAAAAACCCGGCCAAGGCGAUGAAUCUCGUGUUGUUUGAGGAUGCAAUGAUGCACUUGAUGCGCAUAAAUCGAACCAUUCGUCAAAAGCGUGGCAGCGCCAUGUUGGUUGGAGUCGGCGGCAGUGGCAAGCAAUCUUUGACCCGCUUGGCUGCAUUCAUUUCUGGGCACUACUUGUUCCAGAUCACGAUCACCAAAACGUACAGUGAGAUACAGUUCAUGGAGGACCUGAAAGAGUUGUACAUCAUUGCAGGCCAGAAAGAUGAGGACGUCACGUUUAUCUUCACUGACCAAGAUGUAAUAAACGAGAACUUCCUGGAGAUCAUGAAUUCCAUGUUGGCCACUGGAGAGGUGGUGGGCCUUCUGCAAAAAGACGAGAAGGAGACAGCCAUCAACGAGGUGUCCACAUCGGCACCCAAUGCGCGAACCUGCAUUGAGAGAUGGCUAUCGCCCAUGACAGAAAACGGCUUUCGAUCUGGAAUGCUGACUUUGACCACCACCGCGCUUGGUGGUGGAGUCUUAUCCGUUUCUUUCGUCAUGAACAUUUGUGGUGUCGGCUUGGGCUGUUUGAUGCUGAUGACCGGCGCCCUUCUGGCCUAUCUUGGAAUGGAUGCCUUGAUGGACAUGAGCAACCGAACAGGCUGCAGCUCCUAUGCUGCGCUUUUUUCGCACUGUGCCGGAACCAAAGCAGGCCCCAUCCUAGAUGCGAUGCUUUUCAUCUACGGCAAUGGUGCUUGCGUUGGGUACAUGGUCUUCAUUGGGGAUUUCGUGCCAAACAUCAUCGCAUUAGUUUUCCCAGAGGACUGGGCACAGGACACCAAGGGUCCUACGCGGACAUGUUCCAUCCUUAUCGCAGCAGUGCUGCUCGUACCGAUGAUGCUUCCGAACGACUUGUCUAAGCUGAAGUUUCUUCAGCCGGUCUCAAUCAUGGCGCUAUUGUACAUGUCCAUCGUUGUGACUGUCAAGUGUCCCGGAAUGUUCCGUGCGAACAGAGAAGCGAACGGACCUCUCAGACUGGCGACGUUCUCGUUGCACUUCUUUGAGGCAUUCGCCUUGUGCGUAUUUGCGUUCAACUGCCACUUGAACGUCAUUCCGAUAGCGGACCGACUUGUCCGACCCACACGCGAACGGAUGAAGAAAGUGUCGGCGCGUGUGAACAUCUUCCAGUGUGCCUUCUAUGUCUUGAUCGGCGUGACCGGCUACCUGUCGUUUCUGAAUGCAACUCUCUCGGACAUCCUGGAGAACUACAACCCUACGGACUACUUUGUAGCUGCCGGCCGUUGCUUCCUCACCCUCACAAUGAUGGUCGCUAUUCCCGCGAAUCUGAAUCCGACGGUGAAAUCAGGUGUUCAGCUGAAGGAAUACUUCGUGAAAUCGGAUCCCAUGCUGCUAGAGAGCCCAACCAAUGUGGAAGAAGCUCGGGAUCAGCCGUGUUUUCGCAUAGCCGUGUCCAUUGCCUGUUUGGCUUGCCAAGCUGUGGUUGCUGUCAACGUGCCGAACGUCGGAACCGUUUUGAGCCUCCUGGGAGCUACCGUCGCGACAGCCAUGAUGCUGGUCAUUCCUGCAUACUGCAUGGGCAUUGUCCUGGAGAAUUCCCUGAAGCGUCGAAGCAAACAGGCAGCCCAACACUUGCACUUGUCCCCUUUUGACCUGGGCCUGUUGAGAUAG